GUGGUUACUGUUCCCAGUCAAUGAAUUACUAAUUUAUAUGCAGCUUGCUAAGUUUGAAUUAUUGGUGCGGUUCCGGUUGCCAACUGGUUCAAUUAUAUAAAUCCAAUCAAUAAAGAGGCAACGGGCAACAACAAGGCAUUUUGUGUUUCUAAGAGGCAGUUUGGUUUUCUUUUCAAUAAGACCUGAAAGGAAAAAUUAAGGGUAGGGUCAGAGCAAAGACGAAAUGCAUCAUCUCAUUUUUGGGCAUUCUUUUGCCGGGCUCGUGGCCCCGAUCCUCCUCUUUGGGCUUGCGUUCCAUUUUCUCAAUAAGAAGAGAACUAGUGUGCGAAGAAAUGCAGAAGAUGCUAUUACUUGUGCAUCUGAUUUGUUGACUGUGUCAACAGAAACUAAUUCUGGUGGAUCUAGUUUGUCUCUGACAGAAACUAAUGGUGCAUCUAAUUCGUCUGCCAUGGCAACUGGAAACCGCUACGAGGUGUUCUUGAGCUUUAGAGGCUCAGAUACUCGAAAAGGCUUCACUGAUCACCUCUACACCAGACUUGUUGAUGCUGGAAUUCAUGCUUUCAAAGAUGAUAAUGAGCUUCGCCAUGGCAAGAAGAUUGGGCCAGAUCUUUUGGCAGCCAUCAAGAACAGUAAGAUCCUGAUCCCCAUUAUCUCCUCGAAUUAUGGUUCGAGCCGUUGGUGCCUAAAUGAACUGGUUCAAAUAAUGGAGUGCCAGAAUAGUAACAUCGGGCAUCUAGUGUUGCCUAUAUUUUACAAAGUGGAACCAACUCACGUGCGUCGUCAAAUCGGGAGUUUUGGAGACGUGUUUCGUAUGCAUGAGAGGCAUUCUGACCAGGCGAUUUUAGAGAAAUGGAAGCUAGCACUCAGUGAAGUCAGUUUCUUGAAAGGAUGGGAAGCCAAUGGGUAUGAAGGAAAAUUGGUGAAAUCAGUUGUCCAAAAAGUGUUGAAUGAGCUGAAGAAAGAGUUUGAGCUGGUUAUUCCCGAUAAUUUGGUUGGAAUUGAUAGUCAUGUGAAGAACGUUAUGGAAUUUCUAGAUAACAAUUCUAGUGCUACCCUAUUUGUUGGCAUCCAUGGAAUGGGAGGCAUUGACGAUGAUGAUCAGUUGAAGGCUUUGGCUGGAAAUCAUAAUUGGUUUUCGCCUGGAAGUAGGAUCCUUAUUACCACCAGAAACAAGGCUAUUCUUGACAAUGCUGCAGUGGACUUCAACUAUGAACAUGAGGAAAUGGAUGGUGAUCAAUCUUUGAUUCUGUUUAGUAGACAUGCAUUUCGUAGUAACUCUCCUCCAAGUGAAUUUAAGGACCUCGCGCAUGAAGUUGUAUCCACCACUGGAGGCCUUCCCUUAUCUCUUGAGGUUUUAGGUUCAUUGUUGUGUGGAAAGAGGCCAACACAAUGGAGAGGUACGAUAAAGAAGUUGAAAAAAGUUCCAAAUAGAAAAGUGCUAGAAAAGUUAAGGAUUAGUUAUGAUGUAUUAGAAAAUGGACAAAAGAAAUAUUUUUGGAUAUCGCUUGUUUUUCAUUGGCACCGACGGAAGAAUUGCAUCUUACAUGUGGGAUGCCUGUGA